GUAAACUAUAAAAAAGCCUAUGAACUCUCCAAGGGUAAACUUGUUGGCUUCAGGAACCUCCAAGAUGAUCCCAAACUCGUUCAUUAUAUGAAGGUAGCCAAGAUGCAGUCUGAGCGAGAGUACAAGAAAGACUACGAGAAGACAAAAACUAAGAACAACAUUCCACUGGAUAUGGUCAAUGUGGUUGGUGCCAAGAAGGCUCAAGAGAUUGCCAGCAAUACUAAUUACAAGAACCUCAUACACCACUAUACUUAUUUACCAGAUGCGAUGAGUGUGGAGCUAAGCAAAAACAUGAUGGAGAUCCAGAGUGAUAAUUUAUACAAAGCAGAUUAUCAUAACUGGAUGAAAGGAAUUGGUUGGAUCCCCAUUGGCUCACUGGAUGUAGAAAAAGCUAAAAAAGCUGGAGAUGCCUUGAAUGAAAAGAAGUAUCGUCAGCAUCCGGACACCAUUAAAUUUACAAGUGUGGUGGACUCUCCUGUAAUGGUCCAAGCCAAACAGAAUUCAGUUCAACUCAAUGAUGCCUAUUAUAAACAAGGCUACCAUGAUCUAAUAGCUAAAGGGAACAACGUGUCGCUUGAUGCUAUUCCAAUUUCUCUAGCCAAGGCUUCAAGAAACAUUGCUAGUGAUUAUAAAUACAAAGAAGCAUAUGAAAAGGCUAAAGGAAAACAAAUUGGUUUCAGAAGUCUGCAAGAUGAUCCUAAGCUUGUUCACUACAUGAAUGUAGCAAAGAUUCAGUCCGAGCGUGAGUACAAGAAGGACUAUGAGAAGUCCAAGACUAACUAUCAUACACCUCCGGACAUGUACAGUAUCCAGGCUGCCAAACACUCUCAGGAUGUAGCUUCUAAUGCCCACUACAAAAAUCUGAUCCAUCACUACACUUACCUGCCAGAUGCCAUGGAUGUUGAGCUUGCAAAGAACAUGAUGCAAAUUCAGAGCAAUAAUACAUACAAACAAGAGUAUAACAGCUGGUUCAAGGGUAUUGGAUGGAGUCCUCUCGGUUCUUUGGAUGUCGAAAAAGCUAAAAAAGCUGGAGAAGCAUUAAAUGAAAAGAAAUACCGUCAGCACCCAGACACCAUCAAAUUUACAAGUAUACCAGAUUCAAUACCAAUGGUUUUAGCUCAGCACAACACCAAACAACUGAGUGAUGUAACAUAUAAGCAAGAGGGUGAAAAAGUGAAACACAAAUACACCCUGGAUCCUGAUGUUCCUCAGUUUAUUCAAGCCAGGGUCAAUGCCUACAAUCUGAGCGAUGCUAACUACAAAGCAGACUGGAAAAAAACUAUUGCCAAAGGCUAUGACCUGAAACCAGAUGCCAUUCCAAUUAUUGCUGCUAAAGCUUCUCGAAACAUUGCAAGUGAUUACAAGUACAAGGAAUCAUAUGAGAAAGAUAAAGGCAAACAGGUUGGAUACCGCAGCCUGCAGGAUGAUCCUAAACUUGUUCAUUACAUGAAUGUGGCAAAAAUGCAAUCAGAUCGUGAAUACAAGAAGGAUUAUGAAGUCACCAAGACCAAAUACCAUACUCCUUUGGAUAUGUUCAGCGUGACGGCUGCCAAGAAAGCCCAGGAAGCUGUUACAAAUGCUGGCUACAAACAGCUCAUUCAUCACUAUACACUCUUGCCUGAUUCGGUGAAUCUGGAGCUCUCAAGAAAUGUGAUGCAGCUUCAAAGUGAUAAUGUAUACAAAGCAGACUUUAAUAAUUGGUUGAGGGGAGUUGGCUGGAUACCAAUUCAGUCCCUGGAUGUGGAAAAGGCCAAGAAAGCAACAGAGAUUCUCAGUGAGAAGAAGUAUCGCCAGCACCCAGACAAGCUGAAGUACUCUAUCCCAACAGAUGCAAUGGAGCAAGUGCUAGCUAAGCAAAAUGCCCAGACCAUGAAUAAGAGGCUCUACACUGAUAAAUGGAACAAAGAGAAGACCAGCAUUCAUGUUAUGCCAGAUACUCCAGAAAUUCUGCAGUCUAGAGUGAACCAGAUCACAAUGAGUAACAAACUUUACAAAGCUGCAUGGGAGAAAGACAAGAAGAAAGGUUACGACAUGCAGCCUGAUGCUAUCCCAAUAAAAGCAGCCAAAGCCUCCAGAGACAUUGCAAGUGAUUAUAAAUACAAACUGGCCUACGAAAAAGCAAAAGGAAAGCAUAUUGGGUUCCGCAGCCUUGAAGACGACCCCAAGCUGGUCCACUUCAUGCAGGUGGCUAAGAUGCAAUCAGAUCGUGAAUACAAAAAAGAUUAUGAGAAGUCAAAAACUAAUUUCCAUACGCCGGUUGACAUGUUCAGCGUUGUGGCGGCCAAGAAAGCACAGGAAGUGGCUACAAAUGCAAACUACAAAAGCUUAAUCCAUACCUACAACGUUUUGCCUGAUGCUAUGAGUCUUGAAUUAGCCAAAAACAUGAUGCAGUUACAAAGUGAUAAUCAAUACAGAGCAGAAUAUGAUGAAAGUAUGAAGGGAGUUGGAUGGAUGCCACUGGGCUCCCUGGAGGCUGAGAAGAACAAAAAAGCCAUGGAAAUUGUUAGUGAAAAGAAGUACCGCCAGCAUCCAGACAAGCUGAAGUAUUCUGUUCCAAUGGAUUCCAUGAACAUGGUCUUAGCUUUAAAUAAUGCUAAAAUCAUGGAUGAGCACAAGUACAAACAAGCAUGGGAAGAAGACAAGAAGAAAGUUCACAUCACACCAGAUAUUCCACAGAUUGUUUUAGCAAAAGUUAAUGCGUUUAAUUUAAGUGAUAAAAUGUACAGACUUUCCUUUGAAGAAUCUAGGAAGAAAGGAUAUGACCUCAGAGCUGAUGCUAUUCCCAUUAAAGCUGCCAAAGCCUCUAGGGAUAUUGCUAGCGAUUAUAAAUACAAAUUAGGUUAUGAAAAAGACAAGGGAAAGCUUGUAGGCUUCCGCAGCCUUCAGGACGAUCCCAAACUUGUCCAUUACAUGCAAGUGGCUAAGAUGCAGUCUGAUCGCGAAUAUAAGAAAUCUUACGAGACGAGCAAGACGCAUUACCAAAUGCCUGUCGAUGCGCUCAGCGUUGUGGCAGCCAAGGAGGCCCAGGAUCGUAUAACCAACAGUAACUACAAACGCCUGAUUCACCAAUACAUGCUUCUGCCAGACGCGAUGAGCUUAGAAUUGUACAGAAACAUGAAUCAGAUACAGAGUGACAAUGAGUACAAGCAGGAUUACAAUGAGUGGUUCAAGGGUAUCGGCUGGAGUCCUGCUGGUUCUCUGGAUGUGGAGAAAUCGAAGAAAGCCACAGAAAUUGCAAGUGAUCGGAAGUACCGCCAGCAUCCCAGCAUGUUCCCCUUUACGAAGCAGACAGAUGCCAUGGAUAUGGUCCUUGCAAAGCAGAACGCAAAUAUAAUGAACAAACAUGCUUAUACUCAAGCUUGGGAGAAGGAUAAAAUCCAGGUUCAUGUGAUGCCAGAUACACCAGACAUUCUACAGGCAAAACAGAACAAGGCGAACUACAGUCAGAAACUGUACAAGCUCGGCUGGGAGGAAAUGAUAAAGAAAGGCUAUGACCUCACACCUGAAGCCAUUUCAGUCAAAACUGCCAAAGCUUCAAGGGACAUUGCAAGUGAUUACAAGUACAAAGAAGGUUACCGCAAGCAGCAGGGACACCACAUCGGAUUCCGCAGCUUAGAGGAUGAUCCUAAGAUGUUGUGGUCUAUGCAAGUAGCUAAGAUGCAAAGUGAGCGGGAGUACAAGAAAGAUUUUGAGAAGUGGAAGACAAAGUUUAAUAUGCCCGUGGAUAUGUUAGGCUUCCUUCUGGCUAAGAAGUGUCAGGAACUGGUUAGUGAUAUAGACUACAAACAUAUACUGCAUCGCUGGACUUGUCUGCCAGACCAGGUUGAUGUCACCGAGGCAAAGAGAGUCUACGAGCAACAGAGUGAUAAUGUGUAUAGAUCAGACCUACAAUGGCUCAGAGGCAUUGGAUGGAGUCCAUUGGGAUCUUUAGAAUCUGAAAAGAACAAGAAAGCCUCUGAAAUACUGAGUGAAAGGAAAUACCGGCAGCACCCAGACACUAUUAAGUUCACAAGUAUCCCAGAUGCCAUGAAUCUCGUUUUGGCAAAAGCUAAUGCCAAAAAUAGAAGUGAUAUACUGUACAGAGAAGCUUGGGACAAGGACAAGACUCAGGUUCACAUUAUGCCCGAUACUCCUGAAAUCUUGUUGGCUAAAUCAAACUUAAUUAAUACAAGUGAUAAACAUUACAAGUUAGGAUAUGAAGAGCUGAAGAGAAAAGGCUAUGAUCUUCCUCCUGAUGCUAUACCGCUCCAGUCAGCAAAGGCAUCCAGAGACAUAGCUAGUGAU